AUGGAGCUCAAACCAGUGCUAGCGAAGCUUGGCUCAUUUGUGAGAGCUUUUUUCACGUUUCUCUUUGCUCUGCUCAUACUGGGAGUGAUGAUUUGGGCCUAUGCAGAUGGCUUCACUAUUGUCCAGUCCCCCUUUGGCAUCAUCUCCUUUGGUUUCUAUGGACUGCUGCUUUCCAUCCACCUUCUUAUCCAGAGCCUAUUUGCCUUCAUCGAGCACCGGCGUAUGCGUUCACAAAAUACAUUGUGCUCUUACACAAAGACCAUUGGCUUCACAAUUUCAGCCUUCCAGGAAGACCCAGAAUACUUGCGUGAGUGCCUCCAAUCUGUACGGGGCCUCAUCUACCCAGCCGAGCUACUCCGCAUUGUCAUGGUGGUGGAUGGUAACUCAGACAGUGACCGAUACAUGAUGGACAUGUUCAAAGAGGUCUUUGCUGACCAGGACCCUGGCUGUUAUGUGUGGGAGAACAAUUAUCACUCAUGGGCUCCAAAUCUGGCUGGCUCAGCAGGAAAUCCUGAAAUGUGGUUUGAAGACCUGCAAAGAAGGCAAGUGGAGGAGCUGAUCAGGAACAAGAGGUGCGUGUGCAUUAUGCAGAAGUGGGGAGGAAAGAGGGAGGUGAUGUACACGGCAUUUAAAGCUCUGGGAUCAUUAGUGGACUACAUACAGGUGUGUGACUCAGACACUAAAUUAGACCCAUUUGCCACAGUGGAGCUGUGUAAGGUUCUGGAGAGUAAUCCGAAAUAUGGGGCGGUGGGUGGAGACGUCAUGAUCCUCAAUCUGAAUGAUUCCUAUAUUAGCUUCAUGAGCAGUCUGAGAUACUGGAUAGCUUUUAACAUCGAGAGAGCCUGCCAGUCUUUCUUCAACUGCGUCUCCUGUAUCAGUGGACCGUUAGGUCUUUACAGAAAUGACCUCCUGCAGGACUUUCUGGAGCCCUGGUAUAACCAGACGUUUCUCGGUGCACACUGCACCUUGGGAGAUGACCGCCAUCUCACCAACCGUGUGCUGAGUAUGGGCUACGCUACCAAAUACACAGCUCGCUCAAGAUGUUACACAGAGACCCCUGUCCAGUUCCUGCGUUGGCUGAACCAGCAAAUUCGUUGGACCAAGUCCUACUUCCGUGAAUGGCUGUACAAUGCCAUGUGGUGGCACAAACAUCAUCUGUGGAUGACCUAUGAAUCCAUUGUAUCUGGUGUUUUCCCAUUUUUCGUCACAGCGACCAUGAUCAGGCUCUUCUGGACAGGUACCCUGUGGGACAUCCUGUGGGUACUUUGCUGUAUUCAGCUCAUUGGGCUGGUGAAGGCCGCCUAUGCCUGUUUGUUACGCAGGAAUCCUAUAAUGCUGUUCAUGUCCCUAUAUUCUGUCCAGUACAUGAGUAGUCUACUUCCAAUCAAGUUCUUUGCCAUAUUCACCAUGAAUAAGACAAGCUGGGGCACUUCGGGCCGUCGAAAGCUGGUCGGGAACUACAUUCCCCUUGUGCCACUGUCAGUGUGGGCAGCUGUCUUGCUGGGUGGCUUGGGAUAUACCAUCUACAAGGAGACCAUAGCAGAUUGGGAUUCUAACUACAAGAAGGAGGAGGCAAAGUUUUUGAUAUUUGGCUCAGCGGUGUACAUUGGUUACUGGCUCAUCAUGAUCAGCCUCUACUGGGUUAUGGUUCGGAAAUUACUGAAGAAACGCUUCAAAUCAUACAAUGUGAGCGUAUGA